UUCAUACUAUAUAUUUUGAAACUUUUUGAAUGAGAGAUAUAUACACUAAAUGUUUAUCUUGGUGGGUCGAACUGUACAAAUUUUACCGUCUUUUCGGCCGUUUCAUUUCAAGUGAUAAGAUAAGACAGUUCUGUAUUGGAAUGUGCUUUUGAACCGUUAAUUGGUAUGAUCAGCUGUGCGGACUUUUGAUUUUCUGGCGGGAAACUCGUUACCAUAGCAACCAAGAGUAUUGUUGGAAAUCUGUAGCUUCUCAUUACUUGUGUUAUCUGUUGUCUUUGUCUCUGACAACGCUGAUUACUCACUCUCAUUGAAAUGGAAAGUAUUAAUCUUUUUCAAACUUCAAAGGGUAAACCUGGAAUUAUAUAUAAAGGACAUAAAUACAGAAAAUCUUUCAGCUCUACUGUUAGCAAUCGUAUCACGUGGCGGUGCCUUGAUAAGGAGUGCGCGGCUUCCUUAAAGACUAAUAUAACGUGUGAUAGCAUUGUUGACUUAGCUGGUACACACACGUGUGAUAAUAUUUUAACGCAUUCUUCACCCGAAUUUUCGUCACCGUCCCUUGUUACUGAUGGCUUGGCUACCCAAGUGGAGAAACAAAAUAUUGACUUCAAUCAAUCACUGUUGGUAUCCGAUAAUAAUUCGAACCUUCUAUCUGGUCCAUUGAAUGAUGAGCUUUCUCAGUUAAGAACUGAAAAUGAACUGUUGAAAUCUCGUCUUGAGGAGUUAGAGAUUCAGCGUAAUGCGGCCUUGGACAGAUCAAUCAAUCUAGAUAUUCAAUUGAUGCAGCGCCUGGAUGCUGCUAGAGAUGCAACAACACAGACUGUUAAAAUUGGAGACAGUACGCCUACUGGAACUCUAAUUGACCGAUUACAUACAUUCAUAAAUGAUGAAUUACUCACGGACAAUGACAUAAAUGUAUAUUGUAGGAAAAUGUUUUCUAGCUAUAAGGAUUUAAUUGUUGUUGACACGGUUGUAGGAUCACUUAUUGUCAAUGAUAAUGAUUAUGAUCACUCUUUUUUAAGUUCAAAUUCGUGUGUAAACAGAAAUAUUGCAUUCAUUCUGAAUGACAGUCGCACCAAUAAUUGUAUGGAUGGAUGGACUGGCUCUCACUGGAGCCUAGUUGUCUUUGAUCAUAUUGACAAAACGUUUUAUAAUUUUGACUCAUUGCGACAGUAUAAUAACAAAUCUUUAAAUAUCUUAAUAGAGAGGCUAAAACCAACAUUCAAUUCAGAUAGAGUGGUUCAUAUUGAUUGUUUGCAGCAGCAAAAUUCUUUCGACUGUGGCAUCUUUGCACUUUUUCAUCUUGAAAGUUACAUUAAAAUUAGAAAUAAAAAUAAUUGUCCCGGUAUUUAUAAAAAUUUUAAAUUAAGGAAAUUUGACGCUAAGAAACAAAGAUUGCAUGUACUGAACACUAUUGUCAAUUAUUUGAAGCAUCAGACUGAUGAAUUUGAAGCUACAACUGGUGAUUUUCCACAACCGAUUAUUUCAAUGAAUAAUGUUAAUCUUGAGAGAGAAUCUCUUUUGCCCAAGUCAAAAGCUUCUGAUCCUAUAAGAAAAAUUAAACUUUUCAUGGAUAGUCAGGGUCGUAAUGUCGUUGAUAAAUUAAUGAAUGACAAAAAUGAAAAAUGUCAAGUAAUAGGUACACUUAAGCCGGGAGCUGUUUUUCAAGAUGUGACCAGUGAGAGCGGUGGUGACUGUUCUGAUUUAGGUCCGCUGGAUGCCGCUGUAUUUAUUGCUGGAACUAACGAUAUAGCCAGAAAUGAGGCCAAGAAUUUAAUAUCAGUUUUACGCAGGAGACUGUCAGAUUUGAGACAUACUAGAGUUCUCGUAUUCGAUGUUCCUCACAGGUAUGACCUCCCUGAUUGGUCGUGCGUUAAUAAAUUGGUUGAAUGGGCAAAUAUUCAGAUACGAAAAACGUGUAAACGCUUUGGAAAUGUCACUCUUUUGGAACUGGGUAAGCUGGGGAGACGCUUUCAUACAAAUCAUGGGCUUCACUUGAACAACAUGGGUAAGCGCUACAUUGCUGAUCAGAUUUUGAGGGAACUUAAUACAGAUACAUCUAUUCAAAUUGAUAAACCUAUUCCUUUAAAAAACUAGACCACUUGGCCGGUAUUGAUACUAAUCAAUAUCGGU